AUGGCCUUUAUUAGCAUUAGGCAAUUACGAUAUUGGUUGGCUUGCAUCAUGGGUGGACGCUCCUUCAGCUUCUUUGCGAGACUCAAAGUCUCGAAGGCUAUCAAAGAGAAUCCCGUCAAGGAGACCACCGUUAAGGAGCGAGAAGUGAGCCCGGAAAGACGCCUCGAAAACAACCCUCCGCAGGAACCAAAAUGUUUCAUCAUGGACCUCCCUACUGAAUUAUUAGUCCUCAUAUCUGCGCACCUGGACCCUCUUUCCGAAGCAUGCCUCGCAUUAACAUGCAAACGACUACUACUAGUAUCCGGAAGAUCCUUCCUCUCCGAAUCACUACGAUUUCAAAAAGACUUUGCACCCUUGUUUCAUCACUACCGUGCUUCUCAGACCUUUUCCGGCGAGAGGUGGAAAUUAAUUGAAAGACUCGAAGAUGGGAGAUGGCUGGCUUGCUCCAAAUGUCUCAAGCUCCAUCUACGAACGGCAUUCCCCGCAAGAGAACUCAGAUCAUCACCUACUGCCCGAGUUUGCAGUCUAGGCGAAUCAGCGGGAGUGGUCGAUUUGUGCCCAUGUAUCAAAAUGACGUUUCAGGAUAAAGUGAAUCUGAUCAAACACUUGAAGGAUCGUGAAGUCUUGACAAAGAUGCCAUCGGCUAUAUUCGGAAGCCGUGGUUACGACGAAAGAUACCUGUGGCAUUCGUGCACAGUGGCAUACGAAUCAACCGAGUUCAAAAUCGAUAUAUACCCCGAGCUUAACGAUGCAGAGCAACUGAUCAUCAGGACGGAGUAUCGGAUGACCACGGUACCCCAUACACUAGGAAAACAGCAACACAUCACUACUCGCCUUGGCUGCGCUCAUCGAUCGAUAGAUCUAUGGCUGUCUAGCGUAUGUCAAGCCCUCUACUGCCACCGACACGACACAUUCUGCAGAGCAUGUAGACGAAUCUCAACCUGCGGCACUUGUGGAACAGUACUGAAAUGCCCACAACGGCGAGCUCAUCUAUCUGCAGAUAAUGACAAGGCGACAUAUUACUUCUGGACUUUGAGAUGUCUCGGUAACUCAACGCAGAUGCCCGAUGGAGAGUUUGCAGCUCAAAGAAUGCAUCCGAUCAGUCCGCAUAUCUCAAUAAGAAACUGCCCCUGGACACUUUGGAUGCAUCCUCCGCCUAUUCAUGCGCCUUCACUUGAUAGUGAUAUACUGCAGCCGGCGCUGGAGGAUAACAGCGUCCGAUUCGCGAAUCAGAUGUACUCUUCGCUACAACUUGGGCAGGUAUAA